AUGUGUACCAUAGGUUCACCAUCACAGAACAAAGUUCUGUUUCCCAUCAUGGCUAUCACACAGUUCCGGUUGUUUAAAGUUUGUACCUGCCUAGCCACAGUACUCUCAUUCAUUAAGAGAUUAAUAUGCAGGUCUGGCAGAGGACGGAAAUUAAGUGGAGAUCAAAUAACUUUGUCAACCACAGUGGAUUAUUCAUCAGUUCCUAAGCAGUCAGAAGUUGAAGACUGGAGCUCUUGGGAUGAAGAUGUACCCACAAGUAUAAAGAUUGAAGGAGGCAAUGGAAAUGGGACAGCACAACAAAAUACAUUGGAACAAUUAGAACCUGACUAUUUUAAAGAUAUGGCACCAACUAUAAGGAAAACACAAAAAAUUAUUAUUGAGAAGAAAGAACCACUAAAUUUUGGCAUUCCAGAUGGUACCACAGGUUUCUCUAGUAGAUUAGCAGCUACACAAGAUAUUCCUUUCAUUCACCAAUCUCCUGAAUUGGGUGACUUGGAUACUUGGCAGGAGAAUACAAAUGCAUGGGAAGAAGAAGAAGAUGCAGCCUGGCAGGCAGAGGAAGUCCUGAGACAGCAGAAAAUAGCCGACAGAGAAAAGAGAGCAGCAGAACAACAAAGGUAGAAA